AUGAUGCCACGUUCGCUAGACAUAGCUGCAAUAGCAACGGUCUUACCAUCCGCAUUGUCUGCGACCGUUGAUCUGCCGAUUCAUUUUCGCAACAGUUAUGCAUCAGUGGAGGUAAACAUUGGAACGCCUUUUCAGACACACAUGCUCCACUUUGACACCGGUUCGUCGUCGACAUGGGUUGUUGACCAGACAUGCGCGAAAACCUGCGAUAACGGAAGUGGCUAUGACCGAAACGGAUACAACGUUUCAGCUUCAACGACUGGCAAGACCCUCGGGACGUACGGAAGCAUUGAUUAUUUUGGAGGAGUAACCGCAGGCCCAGGGGUAGCCGACACUUUCAGCAUGCCAGCUGGGGUUCAAGGGGAUGCCACCUUGACCUGGAACCAAACGUUCCUGGCUGCGAACGAAAGCUCCUGGAGAUUCAUCUCUGCAGAUGGAUUCUUGGGCUUAGCUUUCAGCACGAUCGCGGUGGCGAAGACCACGACUAUUAUCGAAUCACUCAUGCAGCAGGGUCUCUUGGAUGAGCCGCGGUUUGGAAUAUAUUAUGGUAAGGAGUACCAGAAUACCGGCGCCAAUCCAGAGGGUAUUCUUACCAUCGGCAGCUCGAAGGAAGAACAAUACGUCGACGGCGAGCUUACCUGGAUUCCACUGCGACCAGAAAUCGAGUAUCAGGUGUGGCGAGCAACGCUCUCUUCGAUUAUUGGAUCAAGCGACUCUGGGAAGAAACAGGCCUGUAACAACAUCGGUGACUCGGGUCGAGUUGUCUUCGACACUGGGGCUGGGUCGUUCGAAGUGCCGUCAAACAUCAUUGGCGACGUGUACGCAUCGAUUGGCAUGAAUUGGACUGCAAUUAUUAACGGGAAACACAUUCCGCUAUGCUCGGAGUUCAACUCGACCUGGUCCGUCACAUUCAACUUCGGUGAGGCCGAAACCGAUCCUAAGUUGACAUUGACUGGUGAUCAGCUUGCUAGGCCCGGAUUCGCCGAUAGGAAAGAUGCAUGUUUCCCUCCGUUCGAUGACAGCGGGAGAGAUGGCUUUGGGCUUUUCGGCACGCCGUUCCUCCAUCAGUUCUACAGUGUAUGGGAUUUUGGAGCUACCGAGGUGUCGAACUACCAUCCCCGGGUGGGGUUUGGAAAACUGAAGGCCUGA